AAUCCAAGUUUGGCGGGCGCCACUGGCCUGCCACCAUUGGAUCUGGUUUGUAACACGGUCGUCCGGCGGAGCGAUCCGCUGACUGUGAGGUUGCUGCUAUCAUCUUGCCUCUUGUUUUGUGGUGCGCUUUUGCGGGCCGCAAGAGCCGGCCCCCCGAGUCCCCGCGGCUGUCCAAGUGACCCCGAGGGGCCGUUCAAGACGAAGCACGCGGCCCCGGCCGAGGCCUCCGCGACGCGACGCACGCCGCCGCUCGCCCGCUCGACGGCUGGCCAAGCUGAGCAUUAGCCAUGGCGUUGGUAGGUGCCCCUGAAGAUGUCGUGGAAUCGGUGAAAUUCAGCCCCCAAUUAACCCCCGGCUAAUUAUUCUGUAAUUGUGUGUGUUCUUCAAAGUGUAAGACGGCCACGGAUGACGAGGUCCAUAGGUCCACGUGGCUAGCUAACAGUCAACUUGGUGUUGGCCACAGUUUUCCCGGCAAUCGGCACUCUGGCGGUCCGAAACUAAACGAUUUUGACAGCUUUCAAUCAACUUUUCAACUUUUCCAGAUUUCCAGGGGUUGAGGGGGUUUGUUUGCACACAGAAAAUGGCCAUGCCCAUUGAUGGCACUUUGACGCCUACCAAAUGUUCGCUGCGUUUCAGUCGUUUUUUCCCCACUCCCGUGACGAACAUGAUAGUGACAUUAGUUCGAGCUCCGUGGGCGAUUCAUCAGAUUCAUCUGGAUCAGAGGACAACGGAUCGACGUCAGCUCACAAUGAGAGCCAUGAUACGUCCGAGGUGACCCAGCUCGACGCCUCAACAACCACCUCUAACACUAUACAGAACCAUCAGGUUGAAGACAACAACGACAACAGUGAUUCAAGCGACUCCGACAGCGAUCAGAGCUCACAGGGAGCGCACUCCGUAACUUCAUCGGACAGCGAGCCCGACGCUCCCGCAAUCACUGCAGCUCCAAAAAAAAACCCCGGCCGAGCUGCACAAAGUCGGCGAAAUGAGAAACCAUGGGAAGAAGAUCCGGACAUGUAUGGAGUUCGGAGAUCUGGUAGAGCCAAGCCAGUCACCAAACGAUUUACGGUUGAAGUUAAAUCAACAAGCAACAAUAGCAGAAAAUCUCAACCACGGAACCAAAGAAGAAUGUGGGAGCGCGGUUGGAGUGAAGAUAGCGAUAGUGCCGGCUCAGAACGGCCAGCUCCAAAACGACGUCGAAAGCCACCGGCCGUUGCCUCUCCAUCGUUUGAUGAUGACGACUAUUCUGAAGAUGAGGUUGUUCAGAGGGCGUCAGCACGUCGCGGCACCCGGCAGCGAGUGUCCUACAAGGAGGAGCGAGAAGACGAGACGGACGAAGAUGAUCUCAUGUCCGUCGAUGGUGAGGAUACGAAUAAUGGCGUUGUCGAGGAAGACAAUGCUGAGGCGGUCGAGAAAGUGUUGGAUAAACGGAUGGGCGUAAAAGGCGCUACCGGGUCUUCAACGACGAUUUACGCCGUUGAGAAGAACGGCGAUCCUAACCGAAUUGCAAAUGAGCCAGGAGUUGAGCUCGAGCAGCAAUUUCUUAUCAAGUGGAAGAACUGGUCGCACCUACAUAAUACUUGGGAAACUAUGGAAACGCUACAAAACCAAGGUGUGAAGGGUCUGAAACGGGUCGAUAACUUUCUCAAAAAGGAGGAAGAACUUCAGGCUUGGAAAGACAGUGCAACCCCUGAGGAGAUCGAGUACUUCGACUGCCAACAGGAGAUGUCCGAGGAACUAUACAUCCGCCACCAGGUGGUGGAGCGGAUCAUAUGCCGCAAAGAUCGUGAAGGGGCACCUGGUGAGGUAGAUUACUACUGCAAAUGGGAAGGACUACCUUAUUCCGAGUGCACGUGGGAGGAUGCAUCGCUGAUUAGCAGCAAGUUCAGUCACAUCAUUGACGCGUUUCAUGCUCGCCAAGCGAGUUCCACGAUACCGAAAACGCAGCAUAGGUUACUUAGUUGUCGACCGAAAUUCCAUAACAUCAAGCGGCAACCCGAUUAUGUUGGCGGUCCAGAGCGUCUUCAUCUGCGGGACUAUCAGCUCGAAGGUCUCAAUUGGCUAGUAAACAGUUGGUGCAAAAAUAAUAGCUGUAUCCUAGCUGACGAGAUGGGACUAGGCAAGACAAUUCAAACCAUCUCAUUCCUCAACUACUUAUUCAAUGAAUACCAGUUGUACGGUCCGUUCCUAAUGAUCGUACCGCUAUCGACGCUCGUCGCUUGGCAGCGGGAAUUUGUCAAUUGGGCCCCGGAAAUGAAUGUCGUAACGUAUUUAGGCGACGUCAGCAGUCGAGAGCUGAUUCGGGAGUUCGAAUGGUUUGUGACGGGUACAAAACGAAUCAAAUUCAAUGUGCUGCUUAGCACACCUGAGAUCAUGCUAAAAGACGGUAGCUACAUUAGCGAUGUGGAAUGGGCAGUGUUGGCCGUAGAUGAAGCGCAUCGGUUAAAAAACGACGAAGCACAACUUUAUCGAACUUUGCGGGAUUUGCGGACAAAACACCGCUUGCUAAUUACUGGUACGCCGUUGCAGAACUCUCUAAAAGAACUCUGGGCGUUACUUCAUUUCAUUGAACCGGAAAAGUUUCCGCAUUGGGACUCAUUCGAGAAAGAGCAUAAAGACACUCAGGAUAAGGGAUAUAAUAAACUGCAUAAACAACUUGAGCCUUAUUUGCUGCGUCGAGUGAAGAAGGACGUCGAAAAGUCACUACCGGCCAAGGUCGAGCGAAUCCUACGGGUAGAAAUGACAUCACUACAGAAACAGUAUUACAAAUGGAUCUUGACGAAGAACUAUAAGAUGCUCACCAAAGGCUUAAAGGGCAGUCAAGCAAGUUUCGUCAAUAUUAUGGUUGAAUUGAAAAAAUGCUGUAACCACGGCUUGUUGAUUCGUGCGCCAGAGAAUAACAACGGUCAAGAUCCACUUACGCAACUGAUUCGUGGUUCAGGUAAAUUGCUACUUCUCGAUAAAUUGCUAUGCCGGUUAAAAGAGACGGGCCAUCGAGUACUCAUAUUUUCACAGAUGGUUCGUAUGCUGGAUAUUAUUGGGGAAUACCUGAAAAUGCGUCGCUUCCAGUUUCAACGGCUUGAUGGUUCGAUUAAAGGAGAAACCCGGAAACAGGCGCUCGACCACUUCAACGCGGAAGGAUCGCAGGAUUUCUGUUUCCUCCUCUCCACUCGUGCCGGGGGUCUGGGCAUUAAUUUAGCGACGGCAGAUACAGUUGUAAUCUUUGACUCGGAUUGGAAUCCGCAGAACGACCUCCAAGCUCAGGCACGCGCACACCGUAUCGGUCAAAAGAAUCAGGUGAAUAUCUACCGGUUAGUUACGAAAGGCUCUGUUGAAGAGGAUAUCAUCGAACGAGCCAAGAGGAAAAUGGUGCUUGACCAUCUCGUCAUACAGAGAAUGGAUACCUCGGGCCGCACCGUUUUACAUAAAGGAGGGCCUUCUACCAACAGCAGUAGUACGCCAUUUAACAAGGAGGAACUGGCUGCAAUUCUCAAGUUUGGUGCCGAAGACCUGUUCAAAGAGGAAGACAACAGCCAGGACGGUGGCGGGGGUGGGGAAGGCCAAGAAGGUGAAAUGGACAUUGACGAGAUCCUUCAGCGUGCAGAAACGCGAGAAGAUGUUCCAACAACGAUGGGUGACGAACUUCUUGGUUCCUUUAAGGUGCAGUCAUUCAACUUUAACGAGGAGGAGGUUUCUCAGACGCUACCUGACUAUUCCGGUAAAACUUGGGAGGAUAUUAUACCCGAAGCAGAGCGAAAAAAGAUUGAAGAGGAAGAACGGCAGAGAGAACAAAUGGAGUUGUAUCUUCCGCCCCGACAACGAAGAACAAACUUUGCCGAACUGGAAGACGGUGGUGCAGAAGCUAACGAAAAUCAGACAGUGAAACCGAGUAAACGAGGCCGGCCGGCGAGAUCAAAGGAAACUCUGGGAAGCUUUUCAGAUAAUGAAAUCCGUCGCUUCGUGAAGAGUUACAAGAAGUACCCGGCAGCGAUGAAGAGGCUGGACGUAGUAGCUGCCGACGCCGAUCUCCAAGAUAAGGCUAUGGUUGAAUUGCGAAAGCUGGCAACAGUCUUAGAGAAAGGUUGCAGAGACUCGAUGGUAAUCGUAACACAAGCUAAACUAGAAGAGAAAGUACGAAAAAAAGAAAAGAAAGAACGAGGCGACGAUGGUAAAGAAGAGGAUACCGAAGAAGAUACUAAGACCAAACAUAAAAGGACCACAUUCAAGUUAGGAGGUAUACAGGUGAACGCCAAAUCGGUACUAACGGCUAUCGAGGAGUUAGCCAUUCUCGAUAUUGUUAUGCCGAGUACUCCCGCCGAACAAAGUUCGUGGCGUGCUGACUGUCCCUUUAAAGAUCCGGGUUUUGGACGUGACUGGACGCCGCAGGAUGACUCAAAUCUUCUUCGUGGUAUUUUCGAGUACGGGAUGGGCUCAUGGGAUGCUAUCAAGGCUGAUCCUUCACUUCAACUUAAGGACAAGAUUCUUCUGCCGGACCCCGAGGCGAAGCCGCAAGCUAAGCAUUUGCAAAGCCGCGCCGAAUCCCUGUUGAAAUUACUCAAACGGAUCAACAACAAGAAACAGAAGAAGUUGUUAGCGGCGCAGAAGCGGCGAGAACGAGCCGAAAAACGUCGCGAGGACAGCAGGCGCGAGAACGAAAGUCGGAAAGAUAAAGAGAAAUCGUCAAGCGGCGGUGGCAGUAAAGAUCGAGAGAGGGAACGUGAAAAGGGAUCGGAUCGAGGGGGUGGUGGUGGGAGCAGCAGCAAAAGGGAGUCGUCACAUUCGCAUUCUAGCAGUUCGACUCAUCAUACGCACACAAGCUCCGGAUCACGAGGCGGUGGGGGCGGAGGAGGGGAUGCUAUCGGUGCUAUCGCGCUUGGUCCCGCCGGCAGUGGUAGUAUUGACCCGAUAGACGAGCUCCCGAGGGAGGUAUUCAACGAGUGUAAGGAAAAGAUGCGUCCCGUCAAGCGAGCUCUCAAACAACUCGAUCCGCAAGACAGGUCACUCACACGAGACGAACAGAUCCGCCAGAUACGACGCUGCCUCGUCAAAAUUGGGGAUCGCAUCAAUGAGUGUCUCGAAGAAUACCCCCAUGAUAAAGCUAGACAAUGGCGCUCCUAUCUGUGGGCCUUCGUCAGCAAAUUUACCGACCUUGAGUCAAAGCAGCUAUACAAGCUGUACAAGCACUCGCUAAAAAAAGGCAGCACGGAGGAUUCGAAUGGGGCGACUGGAACGCCUGGCGCGAUGACAGGAGCGGCCGUUCCUGCUCCUUGAGUAGUUUCGAGGUGUUUGCUUCAGAGAGCUAUACAGAACUGGAGCGAUUGAUUCCCGGAAGGUGAUAAACAACGUACUACGCAAAAGUUACUACAACAACUAUUUCGGAUCCGACUUGACGACGGGUGAAUGCAUUCUGACGACAAUGACAAUAAUAAUAAGACUUGCUCUGGAUUUAUUGGUAGAAAUUAAAAGCACAUGGUGAAUGUAGAAUGAAUGUAGGAAACUGCAUCGACUUAGCGAGCUAGCUUUAGCAGAUGAACUGAACGGUAGGUGGAUUGAUGGCGUAGCGGACGACUAUCUCGAUCUGCCGUGAUGAUAGGUGACGGUGUCGAAUGCUUUCGACGUCACCAUGAGUGGAGUCAUGGUGCCGCGAGAGAGGUUAGCAACUGUGCAGAGAUCGUGGAGUGAGACGGUCGCGAUUUGAGAGGGCUUGAGAAGGAAGCUUUGAAGUAGCAUGUCUUCGUGGAAAUCUUCCUAACGCAGACGUCUCUAUAGUGAUCCUGGCUGAUGAUCAUCCUGAUGUUGAUAAUGGUCAUGGUGAUGAUACAACGGCUCUAUUGGUGACACGACGGUAAAAUGGAUAUUAACAACUAUUAUUAUUAUAUUAUGAUUGCUAAUAACUUAUAAUUAUAACUGUAAUCGAAUAGAUCGAGCCUGGACAGAUCGUAGUCUUAUAUGUACGCUAAAGGAGGUGCAGAUACAUUUUCCCACUGAGCAGAGAAAGCAUCUGCUGCUCGUUCCGCUGUAGUUUUCGCGAGUAAAAGUAAUGCCCUCACAGCUGUAUAUUUUGCUUGUAGGAGGUAUGAUAGCUUAACAUGAAAUGAAGUUGAGCAUAGGCACGAUUGCAAACGUUGAUUAAUAUAAAGGGAAAAGAAAGAAGAGGCAAUUACGGUGGUGACCUUAGCGAUGCUGAUUAUGAUACUAACCAUAACGGCGUCGACGGAGCAAAACGGACGGAGUUCGUUAAGCAAAAAUACACACACACAUACACAUAAUUGAUUUAAUUAUAUAGAGACCCAUAACACAAAAAUAAAACGAGAGCGUCGAUAUUCGAGCGGCAGGGGCGGAAUCUGUUCAGGCGACGUUGAAGUGGCCAGUAUACAUCUCUUCAUACAUGAUUCGCAUACUAUGACAAUAGAUAUAAAGAAAUCUAGAACGCACUGAUACAUUCACACAUGAACACAACAACAACAACAAUAACAACAAAAUAGGAACAACAAUUUGCUAGCCGCACGCGCAUGUACGUAGAGAGAAAGGAGGAACGGCGAGAGACAGAGAGAGAGAGAGAGAGAAAUCGAGCGAGCGAGAGAGAGCGAGCGAGAGAAAGAAAAACAAAAAAUGUUAU